AUGUGGUCUCUACAAGAUUCUUUAAUAUAUACAUGUGGGCAAUUUCUUGAUAAAGUUCCAACAAAAAAUUAUUGGAGUUUACUAUUGGACCCAUUAUAUUCUACCAUAUCAUCGUCUACAUUGUCUAUUAUGAUUCGAUACGCUACAUAUGAUUACUUGGCCGUAUCUUAUUUGCAUCGACCAGUACUUGAAAAUUGGUAUCUUCAAGACUUAAAACAAUCACGAAUAUGUUUGUUAUUAACUAAUCCAUCGUCAAUUAUGCUUGAUGAACUGGAAGAUAUAUCGAAUGAUGAGAUUCAUCUUCCUCAACUUAAAGAUAUAUCGCCUGAUGUGAUUCCUUUUAAUCAACUUGAACCAACAUUUAUUCUUCAUGAUACAAACCAAUCAACUCGUGAAUUUCUUACUCACACAAAUUCAUCGUGA